AUGUGUGAAGCAUGGAACCGGUUCAAGGAUUUGAUGAGAAGGUGUCCUCAGUAUAACCUGACUGCUGGUAAUCAGGUUAGAAUCUUCUUUAAUGGUUCCAAACCUGAGGUUCGGAUGGUGUUGAAUGGUGCAGCAGGAGGCACUAUUAAAACUCUGAGAGCAAACGAGACUCUUGAACUGAUUGAGAGGAUGGCUGCCAACGAAAACCAAGGGUUGUCAGCAAAGCCUAAGAGAGGUAUCCUUCAACUGGAAGGUAAUGAUGUUGUGCUGGCUGAAAACAGUUUGUUAUCUCAGCAAGUAGCAAACUUGACAUCAAGGCUUGACAAGAUGCAGCUUGCUGGUGUUCAAACUAAAGUUGUUGCCGUUGUGUGUGAAUACUGCCAGGACAAUCAUGAAUCUAAUGAAUGUCAUACUUUGCUGUCUUCUGAUCCUCCUCAACAAGUGCAUGUUAAUGGCGUUUGGUAUGAUCAGAGACCUCAACCACACAACAUUUCGAGGACUCAGAAUUAUCCUUCUGGAGGCAAUAAUUUUCAGAGGAGAGUACAAGGAACUGGACUUGAUUUCAAGUCUAAUAAUUAUUUGCAGCCUCCACCAAUUCCAGCUAAAAAACCUUCUGAGUUGGAGAAGCUAGUUGGACAAAUGGUCCAACAUUCAAAUGCUUUUAUGGAAGAGACUCAAGCAAAUACCAAGAAUACACAGGCUUCUAUCAGAAACUUGGAGAAUCAAAUUGGCCAGCUGGCCAAACAAAUGGCUGACAGAACUCCUGGUACCUUCCCUAGCAAUACAGUUACUAAUCCCAAGAAGGAUUGUAUGGCUGUCACAACUAGAAGUGGUAAAGUGAUAGCAGCACCAGAAAAGCCAAGCACAAAUGUGGAAGCUGAUGAGAAGCUUAAGGAGGUUAAGGAGCCAGAAAAAGAAGUGGUAAUUCCUUAUAAUGUUGAGAAGGAAAUUGAAGAAGAGCCACAUAUUGUUGCUGAAAAGAAGAAAUUUGAGCUGAAUCCGGAAUAUGUGAGAGUCAUGGCACCGUAUCCAGAACGAUUCAAGAAGGAUGCUCAAAAGCAGCAAUAUGCAAGAUUUCUUGAUAUCUUCAAGAAAUUGCAUGUAAACAUACCUUUUGCUGAAACUUUUGCUAACAUGCCCAAUUAUGCCAAGUUCAUGAAGGACUUGUUAUCAAGGAAACAAAAGCUUCGGGAAUGCCAAACAGUAACACUCUCUGAGGAGUGUAGUGGCUGA